AUGUCUUUCUUUCUUUUUAUUUUUUCUUUUCUUUUCAAUCUUUUUUUAUUUUUUAUUUGUUGCUUUCUUUUCUUUCUUUCUUUCUUUCCUUUUGUUUGUUGCUUUCUAUUUUCUUUUUCUUUUUCCUUGCAUUCUUUCUUUCUUCUAUUUUUGGUUUCUUUCUUUCUUUUAAUUUUGUUUUGUUUUUCUUUCUUUUCUUUCUUUUGUUUGUGGCUUUAUUUCCUUUAUUUUUCUUUUGUUUUCUUUUCAUUCCUUCUAUCUUUUUUGCUAUUUUUUGUUACUUUCUUUUGUUGCUCCAUUUUUCUUCUUUUUUUCUUUCUUUUGUUUGUUGCUUUGUUUUCUUUCUUUUUCUUUUCUUUUCAUUCUUUCUCUCUUUUAUUUUUCUUCUCCAAUUGUGAAUAUUUCUAUUCUCCUUUUGUUAUAUCAAAUCUCAUUUACUUUGCUUUUUCUUCCACAUUUUCUCUCUUUUCUUUUUCUUCUUUUUCCUUCAUUUUCUCAAUAAUUUUUUUCCUCUUUCUAAACAUAUUUUCAAUUUUUUUCACUUUUUUUAUUUUUCUCUUCCGCCAUUUUCUUUUCUCUUCUUCAUUUUUUUUUUUUUUCAUUUGA